GCCCACAGCCCAUUCCAGCCUUACCCGCGAACUAGCGGAAGUCCGAAGAAGAAAAAUCCAAGAACGAAGACUGCUCUGCGACUUGCGACUGGCGCUGUGUGCUGUGUGCUGCGACCCUACCACGACGCGCCGCGUUCCACCGUCCACGCCUCCCGUCUAGAACCCUCCGUCGUCGGCCGUCCUUCUCUGGACUCCGGCUCUGCCGCUCUGGCAUCUGCCUCCAGCUCCGAAGCUCCAACCUCCAGCCCACCCCAGUGUAACUUUCUGGAUCUGCCCCUGCCCAUCUUCCGCCGCAACGCAGAGUAGGAAAUUUCAUAAAACUGGAAUGGUGUUCGGUCAGAUAGUGAUUGGUCCUCCAGGCUCCGGCAAAACCACUUACUGCAAUGGCAUGUCUCAGUUCCUACAGCUCAUUGGCCGGAAAGUUGCGGUGAUUAACUUAGAUCCUGCAAAUGACAAUUUACCCUAUGAAUGUGCUAUUAAUAUUGAAGAUCUCAUUAAACUGAGUGAUGUAAUGGUUGAGCAUUCUCUUGGUCCCAAUGGAGGUCUUGUAUAUUGCAUGGACUAUCUUGAGAAGAAUAUUGACUGGUUAGAGGCCAAGUUGAAACCCCUCCUAAAAGAUCACUACUUUCUCUUUGACUUUCCGGGUCAGGUAGAGCUAUUUUUUCUACAUGAAAAUGCCAAAACGGUGAUCAUGAAACUCAUCAAGAAGUUAAAUCUUAGGUUGACUGCAGUACAUUUAGUUGACUCGCAUCUUUGUAGUGAUCCUGGAAAGUAUGUGAGUGCAUUGCUGUUGUCAUUAUCAACAAUGCUACAUUUGGAAUUGCCACAUGUCAAUGUUCUUUCCAAGAUUGAUCUUAUUGAAAGCUACGGGAAGCUAGCCUAUAAUCUGGAUUUCUAUACAGAUGUACAAGAUUUGUCAUACCUGCAGUAUCAUCUCGAUAAGGAUCCACGUUCUACCAAAUACAGAAAGCUUACAAAGGAGCUCUGUGAGGUGAUAGAAAAUUUUGGGCUUGUGAAUUUCACAACAUUAGAUAUACAGGACAAGGUGAGUGUUGGGAACCUUGUUAAACUGAUCGACAAAAGCAAUGGCUACAUCUUUUCUGGCAUCGAUGCCACUGCUGUUGAGUUCAGCAAAAUUGCAGUUGGCCCAGUUGACUGGGAUUACUAUAGAGUUGCUGCAGUGCAAGAGAAAUACAUGAAGGAUGAUGAAGACGAUUUUGACAAGGAUGGCUGAUUCAUCUACCUACUUGGCUACUUUCCUGUUUAAACUUUUUUGCAUUUUUAGUAAUUCGCAGUCUUAAAUCUUUAAUUAUAACCAUAUAUGAUGUGAGGUGUAGAGGCUGUUCUGCUUGGAUUUACAUGAUUCUACUUUGACACUUUUGUACCAUAGUUGUACCAUUAUAGUAUUCUCAUUAAUGAUCUUCAAAAAUCAGUUCUUGGUGAUUCUUUAUUGCCACAUAA